UUACAAAUAUUAUUUGGUGAGCAAAAAAAUUUGUAAAAAUGCCCAUGUCCACGCACGACACGGUCUUUGUGGAACCUGUCGUCAGCAGCGGCAGCAACAGCAACAGCAGCAGCAACAACAGCAUCAGCAGCAGAAUUGGCAUCAGUGGGCCACAGCAGCAGCAGCAGCAGCAUCCGCCGCACAUUGUCAUCGAUGGGAGCAGCCUCACAACGCAGGCGCAGCUGAAGCGCACGAUGCAGCGGCGCAUGUCCAUUCAAGCGCAGCCCGCUCAAAAGUACGCGGUGCGUACGACAGCCACGCAACAGCAGCAUAUGCCACAUCACCAGCAGCAGCAGCAGCAUCAGCAUGAACUGCUUAAUCCGCAAAUUUACAAGAUUGUCACUACCGAUGGCAGCACCAGCAAUGUCAUCAUCGAUACCUCCGCCGCGGCGCCGCCACAUAACUCCAAGCUUUUGCUUAGUAAUCUCACGGUGCUGUCCAAGCAGGCGCCAUCUAUGUCCUCCCAGCAGCAGCAGCAGCUUAACUAUGUCAACGCCAAGAAUUUGCCCUAUGUGACAGCCACGCCCGCAAUCAAGCAGCAGCAGCAACAGCAAAAGUUUGGCACUGUCAGCGCCUACAAAACCGUGGCUGCUGGCGCCAAUACAAAACAAUUGCAAGGCUAUGCGCAGGCAACGCAACAGACAACAUCAACAACAACGCCGCUAAUGCAAAAGGUGACGUUGGGCUCACGUGUUGUAACGCGACUGCAAUCGUAUGUGCCACCGCAGCAGCAACAGCAGCAGCCGCCGCAGAUAAUUGUACAGCCAGCAGCAGCGUCGCAGCAGAAAUAUGUGAAUGCUGUGGCCAAUCGGCCGGCGAUAACGACAGCAGCGGGUGGCGCAGCUGCGGCGCUGCUCAAGAAGGCCAAUCAAAAGAUAACUGUUAAAAGUGUUGGCAAUAUGUUGCAGCAACAUCACCCACAACAACAGCAGCAGCAGCAACAGCAGCAACAACAACAACAGCAGUUUAAAGCUUUUAUCUCGUCACAACAGGCAACACACAAAGCAGGAGUCAAAACCAAAUUUGUCAAGCAAUACAACAGCAUUGGCAGCGCAGCUACCGGACUGUCCAUUGCUGCCGUCCCUCAGCAGCAGCAGCAGCAGCAGAAUGUCUACGGCAAACAGCAGCAGCAGCAGCAGCAGCUGACGCCCAACAAGCUUGGCAAACUGACUGCUGGCAGCAACACAAAGUAUGUCCUGCAACAGCAGCCACUUCAACAGCUGGCCGCCAAUUUGCCGCAGGGCACGCAGCUGCAGCAGAAGACAACAUCGGCCACGGGCGGCUACAUGCUGCAGCAGUCCACGCCGGGCGCCAUUAAAUUUGUCAAUUCGCACGGCACCGUCAUACAGCAGCAUCAGCCGCAGGGCCAGCCCAAGCGCAUACACUACAACAGCAGCAGCAGCAGCGACAGCAGCAGCACCGAUCAUCAGCAACAGCAGCAACAGCAGCAGCAUCAGCAUCAAUCGUCGCUGAUCACCGAUGAUGUGAUGAUUGUGAAUGGCACACAGAUGACAGACGAGUUGUCGGCACGCAUUUUGCAGAGCAUGGCCCAAAAGUCGUUUAGUCAGCAGCAGCAGCGCUAUCAGCAGCAGACAACACCAACAACACCAACAGCAGCAACAACAGGCGGCAGCAGCAACAACAAUAACAAUAACAACAACAGCAGCAGCGGCAGCAACGCAGUUGCAGCAUCGUCGGGUAAUCUGUUGCUGACCCACUACCAGGCGGCCGCAGCAGCCAUGUCGCCCAGCUCGUCAGCAGCAACAUUGACACCAGCCUCGUCGCCAUCGCCAUCAGCAACAGCCGCAUCAACCGCAACAUAUCUCACGGUAACCUCCUGCAGCACACCGUCGGUGAGCAUCUCCUCGCAUGGCUUUGCCAGCGGCAGUGCCGCAAUGUCCUCGUACAUGUCGGCAACGGCGGCGCGUCGCCAAUCGGCCAGUGCGCCAAGCAGUCGGGCCGCAUCGCUGGAGCGCAAACAGCAACACCUGCAACACGAGGCUCUCACGGCAGCAACCAUCCGCAAGCCGCCACCCAAUGUGGUCGAGUAUUAUAAGCACAGCCUGAGCCACAGCAGCAGCAGCAUUAACAAUCUGACCAGCAGUCUGCGCACCAAUUCCAAUACGAGUCUGCACACGGCGUUAACGUUGGGUUCGCCAGCGGCGACACAUUUGCCGCCAGUUCACGUGGAGGCAACGACGCUAAUGCUGAAGUCCCAGCAGCAGCAGCAGCAACAACCACAUUCGCAGCAGUCGCAGUUAAGUGCAAACGAGGAGGAGCUGUACAUUGAGGAGGUGCGACCAGUGCCCGUGCACACGCAGGAUUUGCGUUUGCAGCAAUUGCAUGCUAUAAUGCAGGAUCACACGUACGCCUCCCAGCAGCAGCAGCAGCAACAACAGCAGCAGCAGCAGGCAGCAACUGGAACUGGAUCCACAUCCGCGCAGCAACAGCAGCCACAGCAAUGGUCCCUUGGCGGCAUUGGCGUAACGGUGGCAGGCGCCGCACCAGCUCCAGGCAGCUAUAGCAGUUACUUUGGGCAGCAGCUUGGACGUCAUGUGCCCGAUGAUGAUGCUCACUCGGCUAUAAGCGGCAGCUCGCGUCUUGCGGGUGCCGACAUCGAUCCCGGCGAGGAGACGGAAACGGCGCCCGAAGCGGAAGCUGAGGAUGAUUCAGUUACGCGCUGCAUAUGUGAACUAACCCACGAUGAUGGCUAUAUGAUAUGCUGCGACAAGUGCUCCGCCUGGCAGCACGUGGACUGCAUGGGCAUUGACCGUCUCAACAUACCCGAAGAGUAUCAGUGCGAGCUGUGCCAGCCGCGACCCGUCGACAAGGCCAGAGCACGUGCGCUACAGCGUCAAAAGCGACGGGAGCAUAUGCUGCUGGUGGCCACACAGGCGGCAAGUGGUGCGCCCACAUCGACAGUGGCCGCUGCGGCCGCCGCCGCCGCUUCAGCUGCGGCAGCAGCCAAUUCACUGGGCGCCGGAGCAACAGCAGCGGCUGGUGGACUACUGUACAACAGCCAAGAGCUGCAGCAACACCAACAUCAGCAGCAACAGCAACAGCAGCGGCUGGGAGCCGGCCCCAAUGGCGGCUUUGGUACGGGCGCUGUCGCAGGUCUAAACAAGAAAUCGAAGAAAACCAAAGAUGGCGCCGCCGCUACGCUCAAGAAGAGCAAGAAGAGCGGCGAUAAACUGAAUGCCAGUGGCGGCACGGCCGGCGGCGGCACAGCCAGCACCAAGUCGGCAAAGAAGAGCAGCAAGCGCAAGAGCAAAUCCAAUGGCGAUGGUAGCGGCAGCGGCAGCAGUCCCGCCCUUACCGCUGCCGAGAAGCAUGCGGCCAAUUUGCGUCAAUGGAUCGAACACUAUGAAUACGCGGUCACAAAUCAUUAUUCGCCGGAGCUGCGCGCCCGCCUGCACGCCAUACAGAAGCAGCCCAGCCUGCUGCAGAGCAUACAGAAUACGGAGAAUAAGGCGUUGCGUCUGAUUGCCGGCGGCUGUGCCAGCGAACUGGAGAAGCGCGCCCAACUGAUACCCUAUGCGGGUGCCAAGGUGUUGAUCAGCAGCAUUGACCUGGCGCCGCAUGCGCCCAUUCAUGAGCUACGCGGUAAAUACAUGCUGACCACACAGUUUCGCACCCAGAAUCCCACCGUGAACAUGAAUACGCCGCCGCCGAGCAACUAUUUGAACAGCUUCAAGGUGCACAAGACGCCUGGACAGUUUGUGUUCUUCUAUCAGCUGCCCGGAGUCGAGGCGCCCAUGCAAACGCAUCCCCAGAUGGCACAUCAGCAUCCGCCACCACCGCUGCCCGCCUACCUCAAGGGACCAGAAGUCUGUGUCGAUACGCGCACCUAUGGCAACGAUGCGCGCUUCGUACGCCGCUCCUGCCGUCCCAACGCCGAACUGCAGCAUUAUUUCGAGAAGGGCACACUGCAUCUGUAUAUUGUGGCGCUGACGCACAUCCGGGCACAGACGGAGAUAACGGUGCGGCAUGAACCGCACGAUUUGGCCGCCGUCGAACAGAAGAAAUGCCAUUCGGCGGUCAUACAGCCGACGAGCACGCGCUGCGCCUGUGAUCUGGGCAGCGAUUGCCUGUUCGCCCUGCCGCUCGCUGUCCAACAGCAGCUGCAGGCCCCGCCCGCCCAGCCGCGCAGCAGUCAUCGUAACAAGGCGGCCGCUGCUGCAGCGGCAGCGGCAACAGCUGCCAACAGCGCGGCAGCCAUACAGCUCACCAUGGGCCUGGGCAGCAGCACGGUGGCGGCAGCAGCUGCAGCGGCAGCGGCAACAGCACGCAAUCGUUCCACCUCCUCGAGCGGUGAGAGCAGCAGCCAUAUGGGCCUCAAUAGUCCGCAGCUGAGCCAGUUGAACUUGGGCUUUAAGCCUAGUUCGGCGGCCUUGGUGACGGCAACAGUUGGCACCGGUGCAACGGCGACGGCAUCAGCGACAGCAACUGCAACAGCUGCUGCUGCAAUGCUCUGCAGUAGCAACAGCAAUGGCGGCAACAGCAACAACUCGUGCUCAGUUUCUAUGUCCAGUGUCCUGCAUGAUUCCGGAAUCUGUACAUCCUCCUCGUCGCCAUCGGUGUCCAUUCCAUCGCCCACACCGACGCAGUUGCAGUCGCCUACAUUGCAGCUGCAGCAUCAGCAACAGCAGCAACAACAACAACAGCAGCAACAGACAUCGCUGCUGCAGCGCAGUCCGACACAGCAACAGCAGCAAAUACUCGCAGCGCUACCCACGCCCAUGUUGCUAUCUCCACAACUGCUGCAGAAGCCGACACAGCAGACACCUUCGCUGUUGCAGACACAACAGCAACAGGAGCCGCUGGCGGUAAUUGCAGCCGCAGCAGCGGCACAGCAGCCGAUGACCACGUACUAUCUGCAGCCGCAGCAGCAGCAGCAGGCCAAUGUGCAGCAACAGCAACAGCAACAAGCGCAGCAGCAACAACAACAGCAGCAACAAGCGCAGCAACAAGCGCAGCAACAACAGCAGCAGCAACAACAACAGCAGCAGCAGCUGCAACAUUACGCACAGCAGCAGCAACAGUUGGCUGAUGAGGCACGGAUGGCGGUUAGUGCGCUGCAAACGUUGCAUGCUACGCCCACAGCACACAUUGUUACCCCUAUUAAGGUAGCAGCAGCAACGCAGUCGUUGAAUCAAGCACAGCAGCAACAGUUGUCGCCACAGCAGCAACCGUCACAAGCACAGCUAUAUCAGCCAGCAGUAUCGCCCACAAAAACGCCUACGAAAGCGUCCUUACAGCCUAACAACAACAACAACAACAACUGCAGCAGCAAUAACAACAACAAUAAUAAUAAUGCAACGCCAGCCGCACGCAAAACGCCCGCGAAAGCGGCAAUAACAACACCAACAACAAUCAGCAGCCCCUCACAGGAUGCCAAGGAGGAGGAGACCACGUCCGCAUCAACAGCCAGCACACCAGCAACAUCGACGCCCGCCGCCAAAAAGGACAAACCAAAAUCUCGCGAGGAACGCAAGCUGGAGGCCAUAUUGCGUGCCAUUGAUAAAAUGGAGAAGCAGGAGGCGCGCGGUAAGAAGGCAGGCGGAGCAGCUGCCGGCGCGGACAGUCGCCAGUUGGGCGGCAAGCAGCGUGCCAGUAAUUCGCCCGCAUCGCCACGCAAACGCAAUGCGAGCAGCAAUUCCAUUAGCGAGUCGGCCGACUCCAGCGUAAUGGGCAUGGGCACGCCCACCACCAGCAACAACAACAGCAGCAAAGCAAAGCGCAACAAAAAGAAGCGCAAAGUAAGUCGCAGCUACAACAACAACAACAAUAACAGCAAGCGCAGAAAAAGCCUGAGCGAAUCGGAUGCUGAAUCGCAUACCGAAUCGGAGCUUGCCUCGCCAGCCUUACAGCAGCAGCAUAACAACAGCAGCAACAUCCUUCAGCAGCAGCAGCAACAGCAACAAUCGACGGAUCAAGAUGCCGACUUGCUGCUGGCGCUGGCGCACAAUAACUGCGAGCCCUUCAAGCCGCCGCCGACAGCAGCAACAUCUGCUGUUAGCAGCGCCUGUUUGCUAAUUGAGGCUGCGAUGGGUCCACUUGAGCAACAACCGCCGCCACAGCAGCAGCAGCAGCAUCAGAUGCAGUCGCUAGUGAAUCCGUUGCAGUCACCUUCAGUUGGCGAGUUCAAGUAUCCGCCCAGUGGCGCGAAGACCAAGAAAACGCUCAUGUCCAGCUGGUUUCAAUCGGAGCAAUGCGAGCACCAGCAACAAUCCGGCCUAGACAGCCUGGUGCAGGCGGCCAUGAGCGAAAUAAACGGCUCCAGGGAGCAACUGCAACAGCAACAGCAGGUGCAGCACAUUCCCCAACAGCAAAUGCAAUUGGAUACGCCAGCUCCAGCUCUCCUCAAGGUGGAACAGUUUAUACAUCAAGUGGAGGCCACAGAGCGCUCACAGAUGCCUUCGGUGCAGAACAAUUCGUCGGUUAAGAAGCGCUGGCUGCGACAGGCCAUUAGCGAGGAGACCACCGAUGAGAUUCAGACCCAGGCACCGGUUACGCCCACGCCCAGCAUAUCGCCACAACAGCAGCAGCAGACUUCGCCGCUGCUGUCCAAUGGUUUUAGCACGCCGCUUAAGAAGCGACGUUUGGUGGUCAUCAGCAAUGGUGGACUUGAGGCGACGGCAGCCGAGGAGCCGCAUAUCGAUGUCAUUGGCAGCGCCGGCGAGGAGGAGAAUAAGGUGGAGCAAUUGGAACCGAAAACGGAGCACUUGAAAGUCGAGACACAGCAGCACUUUGAGCAGGAUGACGAUGUGGACAUCUUGCGCUCACCCAGUCCAGGCGCACAGCAAAUUGUGGCCGAGGACAAUCUGGUUAAGAUCGAGCCAGAGGACACGAGUGCCGCAGCGGAGGAUGUCAAGAUUGAUGUGGAGCGUGAGGAGAGUCAGGCGUGCGAUAAGUUCGAGGAGCUGCUGAAGGUCAAGCGCGAGCAGGAGGAACAACAGCAGGAGCAGCAGCAACAGCAACAAGAUCACCAACAACAACAACAACAACAGCAACCCAAGCCAGAGACUUUGACAGAGGAGAAACAACGGGUGGCCAAAAUGGAGCCGAAGGUAGAGAUUAAACCAGAGCCAGCAGCUCAACCGAUUGCCAGCAAAGUCGCGCCAAUUCCGGAGCCCAAACCGGGUGAAUCGCUGCUGCGCACAGCGGCAGCAGCAGCAGCAGCAACGCCAUCAGCAACAGCAACAACAACAAUAACAACUGCAGCCAUUGUGGAUUCGGUAAAGCCUGCUAUCAAGGCGCGCAUAGCACCUGUGAAAGAAGAAGAGGAACCACUCAAAAAGAAGCCUAAACUGGAAGUGAACUCAACACCAGCGGCAGCAACAGCAGCAGCUACUAAAGCAAUAGCAACACCCACAUCAGCAACAGCAACGCUAGCGAUGGAAACGCCUGCAGCAAGCAGCAAAAAUCUGACCGAACUGGAUAUACAAGAGCGCUUGUUAUCUUUCCAUGCAGAGAAUAUAUCCUACUUGCAAUCGCGCAACAAGAAGGCGACCAGCAGCAGCAGCAACUCCUCCAGCAAGGGCAACAGCAGCAACACUGCUGGCGUAGAUCUGCCCGCCAAGAAGUCGAGCAAGGAGAAAGAUGAGAAGCGCGAGCGCGACAAGCAGCUGAAGAAGUCGAAAAAGGAUAAAAAGAAGUCCAAGGAGAAGGACAAGCUGAAGGCAGCUGCCAUUGCCGCUUUGGUGGCGGCGGCGCCGCCUGAGCCCAAAAAGAAGCAGCCCAAAGAGAGCAAACAGCAGCAGCAAUUGUCAGCAAUAGUUGCAGCUGCAACACCUGCAGCAGCAGUGGCAGCGGCGGCGACGACUAUUACAGCAGCAACAGCAACAGCCAAUGGCAAGACGAAGCAUAACAGCAACACGCUCGAGCAACAGCAGCAGCAACAAUCGGCGCUGCGCCGUCGCACCAUGUCCAUGUGCAUAACACCUGCCACGCCCCCAACAGCUAUAGUGCCCACAUCAGCAAUACUUGCCACAACGAAGAAGCGUCAAACCAACUUUGAGCAGGAGCUAACCAAACCCAACAGCCAAAUACUCAGCAGCAGCUUAUUGCUCAACAGCAGCAAAGCACCGCAGCAACAUGUACAAGCAACAACAACAGCAGCAGUAGCAGCUCCAGUUGCCACGACUCCAACAGCACAGCAGCAGCAUCGCAAGGAAAACAACCACCAUCAUCACCAUCAUCAUCAGCAGCAGCAGGAGGCAGUGGGUUCGAUGAGCCUGGCGGCGGCCAUAGCCAGCGGUAAGUUGACGCCCAUCAGUCGGCGGCGGGAGUCAAUGUGCGGAAGUCGCCAGCAGGCGGCGCUUAUAGCGGCAGCGAUCAAAAAGGAGAAGAAGGAAAAGAAAAAGAGCAAGAAGAAGGAUCGUGAGAAGAAGCAAAAGGACAAGGAUAAAGACAAGGUGUCGACCAAGACCAAGGGCAACAAUAAACAGAAGGUGCAACAGCAACAGCCACAACCACCAAGCGCUAUAAAUGCAGCGAUGUCUAAGCCGGCACUCAUUAAGGCAGCUCUAACUAAGCCAAUCACGCCCACUGUACAACCCGUACCCAUAUCAGCAGCCCCAAUACCCGUGCUGAUAACACAACCCACACUCGCAACGCCAGCCGCCAUGUCCAUGCCCAUGUCGAUGUCGGUGCCCCUUGUGGUUGCCGGUAGCGCCUGCUCGGCAGCUAAGCAAUUGCCGUUUUACAAUACGAUUUAUGGCAAACUGCAAGAGCCACCCGCGUUGCCAUCGAGCGCAGCUUUGGUGUCCUCGCCGAUGGCCAAAAUCAACAGCAGCAGCAGCAUCAGCAGCAUGCCCAGUUUGGCCGAGUAUUUGGAGGCCACCAAAACGAAAGCGGCGGCGGCGACGGCGGCGGCAGUACCAGCUGUUGUUGUUGCAUCACCAUCAACAGCUGCAGCAAUUAUCACGCCAGCAGCAGCAGCAGCUGCUGCCAACAGUAUAGCUAUUUCGGCGCUGGAGAGCAUGCCGCCGCCGGCAACAACACCGCUUAAGCUGUACACACGAACUGCCAGCCAUGAUCCGCGCCUGAACCCUAUGCUGACAGUGCCAGAGCCGGCGCCAAUGCCCAAGCGCAAGCUGUCCAUUAGUGAGUAUCGCAUGCGGCAUCGGCCCUCUGUAGAUACGGCGCCGACAACGCCAACGACGCCUACAACGCCGCCAACGGAGCGCUGCUUUGCCAAGCCGCAGACCAUCAACAAAUGUUCGCUGCAGUCACCGGAACGCUUUCAGGCGAUGCGUGAGCGUCGCAAUUCCAUAAGCGUUCACCAAAACCAGAACAACAACAGCAACAAUCACCACUACCAGCAGCAGCAGCAGCAGUUGUCACAGCAGCAACAGCAAUCUUCGGCGGCCAAGAGCAACACAAAGAACUCUGUGGUAAACUCAGCGGCAGCUACGCUGAGCACGGUCAACAGCAUCCUGAGUACCGCCCACAAGUUGCACAUGUUCGACGACAAGCCCAAGGGUGGCCACUUUAAUGCGGCGCCCACGUUGCUGGAGCAGCAGCAGGAGAAGAUGAGCGAACGUUCACGUUGCCUGCAGCGCACCAUUUCCUGUGAUUCGCGUGUCAUCGAGCGCCUGGGCGCCAGCACAACAGCUGCCGGUAGCAUAGUGGAUAAGGCAGCUGCAGCGGGCUCCAGGCGAGAUGGUGCCUAGGCGCAAGGCCAUAGGCUGAGCAGUUGAUGGCAAUCUCCAAUUGAUGGACUUAAAACCAGGAUAAACCAAAAAUGAAGCCCAGUUAAAUACAAUCCGAAUCUGUAUUGCUAACCAAUUGCUGGCGUAUCCACUGGAUAAUCUAUAUAUAACAUAUGCCAAGCGCGAUUUUUCCUUAUUUAUGCAAAUGUACAGAGGAUCCCGGAAGAAACGCAGCGGCAGUCACAAAAAUUAAAUCCUUAUUAUUUUUGUUGUAAACGCUAUAACUCGCUAUAAUUAAUACUACUUGAAUACAUAUAUCUCUAUAUGUUUAUAUGUAAUAGACAGCAGCAAUGUAAUUUUCAAGAAAACUAAAACGAAAAACGAAAAAUAAGAAAUACCUUCUGCUAAACUAACUAGUAGUUAAAGUCGUCGCGUUUUUGUUUUUUUUUCUUUUCGUAACAGUCGAGCAACUUAUGUAAUUCUACUCCAUAGAUAUAUCUUUAUAUAGUAGUAUAUAUAAAUAGGUAUAAUCGAUAUAAAACGUAUAAAAUGCUUAGUAAUACAGAAGAAACAAACUAAUUGAAAAACAACAAAAAAAAAAAAAAAAAAAAAAACAAAUUAAGCAACUUGUUAGUUAACAUUAAAUUCCCUUUUGUUUUAAACUAAUUUAAAUGCAUAUAUGCAUUAAUAUACAAAUCAUUUUUUAUUAUUAU